AUGACUAUACCCUUAAGGAGCCUUUCAAUUGAUGUGUUGCUUGCGGAAUCGACCGUCCUUAUGGAUGGGAGUUGUGUUACCUCCUGCGGUCGACGGAUCUGCUUGACUUUAGAAUCAUCAUCUCCAACUUGGGCACUCUACCUGCACCUAUACAUUUUUAUCACUUAUCCUACCCUCCUAGUCGCCUACAGCUCAGACAAUGAAUCUAUUUUGCGAUUCUCACAGUUACCAACGGGAGACAGCGCAGGGAGUAAAGAUGCCGGCAAUGUUUACGUCCUCCUUCAAUUACAACCUCCCGCUCAGCCGACUCUAGACAACUCCCCCAUCUACAAAGCAAUGAAAUUUCGUUCCAAACUUUCGCGCCUCAAGGAAAGCCUCUCUCGUACUCGCCGCAAGGUUACGCGCUGGUUAAGUUGUGAUUCGGAUAAAGAAGGCUUCUCUCCCAGCCUGGAGAAGCGGCCAUUGGCCGAACCCGUCCAAAGAGACCCCUUUGAAACCCUUACUUUCAAGGAAGACAAUGCUAUCCCUGUUAUAGAACCGUUUGCGGAUCUCUCCUCGCCACCAAAUGACUCCGCCGCAAGGCCGCGAGGACUGAACAACACCCAGCGAUGUGAAUGCCAACUCCUAUUCCGUGAAAGAUUGAGAGAAGUCAUGGUCAACAGCUUGAUGCCUGCCCUCGAGGAGUUCAGGUCGUGCCACUGUGGAAAACGCCAUCGUUGCGUUGCUGCCAAUGAUGCUUUAUCGUCAAGUGGCUACGACACCAUGUCGACGACCACCUUCCUUCUAGCCCAUAGGAUUCGAACCUCGUAUCUGAGUAGGGUGUUUGGAAAAUCUCUCGAGACACUUCGGAACGAGCCUCUGUCUUGUUUUCGGCGGGACCGUCGGCUGUCACUAGGCCCGCUGCCACCUAGACCCAUCUCACAGCGAAGGAACGAGAGAAACCUGAUCGUGCCUGUGCCUCGUGGCCAGGCAAUAUAUAUGGGGAACGAUGAAAGUGGAAGGCAUAUAUUUUCGCGAUGUACCGGCCGCCUUGAAUCUGAGCAGCAGAGAACAUCUCGCGAAAAUGUUAUGUCGUGGAUCAACACCCUUCCUGACGUUGCCGACUCUGCUAUGUUGAAUGCUUCAAUUUACCCUCAGCGACUGCGUCGUAAGCGAAGAAUGUCGAAUUUGAAGUCGUCACAAACGAAGGACAAUGACGAGCGUGACGUCUUAAGCAUUUGA